AUGUCUGCCACAAGACUCAGAGCCGCAGUUGUUCGACAGUCCUCGUCGCCUUGCCCACGUUCCUACUUCUCAACCAGCUCUACUUUCAGAUCUACUGCAUCGUCUGCGUUUGCGCAACAUUGUCGAACGAUAUGGCGUCCUUACUUGCGCAUUUCUAUCGGUGCCGCUUCCAUUGGCAUGUUGUUAUAUUCCAUGCAACCCGGGCAUGUUGUUGCCAAUGACUCGCCACCCGUGCAGUCUGCGUCACUGGCCGAGAUCGACGAGGUGACCAAGAGGAGAACCAAUAUCACACGCAAGUCGCCCAUGCGGCUGCGAAUGGAGGCUUUGAUCCUGGAACACCAGAAUCGUAUAGUUUUUGCGCUGGAAAAUAUUGACGGAAAAAAGUUCAAACGCGAUGAAUGGGCCAGGCCCCAUGGUGGAGGCGGAACGUCUUGUGUGUUGCAAGACGGCAAUGUCUUUGAAAAGGCUGGUGUCAAUACCAGCAUUGUCUACGGCGAGCUCCCUCGUCCGGCCAUUGAGAAGAUGCGAGCAGACCACAAGUCAUUUGUCGAUUCGGACGUUGAGAAGUUGAAUUUCUUUGCGGCAGGGAUCUCACUCGUUCUCCAUCCGCAUAACCCUAUGGCUCCCACUGUCCACCUUAAUUACCGAUACUUCGAAACCUCAGAUCCCCGAGACCCAGUCAAUGCGACCGGCACAUCACAACAAAACUGGUGGUUUGGAGGCGGCACUGAUUUGACGCCAUGUUACCUGUUCGAGGAAGACGCAGAGCUCUUCCACAAGACUCUCAAGAAUGCUUGUGACAAACAUGACAAAAGCUAUUAUCCAAAAUUCAAAAAGUGGUGUGACGAGUACUUCUGGAUACCACACCGGAAUGAAGCGCGAGGUAUCGGCGGAAUAUUCUUCGAUGAUCUAGACGCGACCGCCCAGCCCGCUUCUAAAAACCCACAAGAAGAUAUUUUCCAGUUCAUCGCCAGUGGCCUCGAGUCCUUCCUACCAGCAUACCUACCAAUCAUCAAGAGACGGAAGGACAUGCCAUACCUGCCUGAGCAAAAGCUGUGGCAGCAAAUCCGACGGGGCAGGUAUGUCGAGUUCAACCUUAUCCAUGACCGAGGGACCAGCUUUGGUCUGCGCACCCCCAGCGCCCGAGUGGAAAGUAUCUUGAUGAGUCUGCCAUUGACGGCUCGCUGGGAAUAUAUGCAUCCGGUUUCUGGUACUGGUGUCCAAGAAAACACCGACGAGGACUCGGAGCAGAAUUAUGACAAAGAAAAGGAGUUGAUGGAGGUUCUCAAGCACCCACGAGAGUGGGUGUGA